UUUUGUACCACCCACCUUCGCCUCGAGCAGAAGGUUGACGACCAGGCCAAGGCCAUGGCCAAGCUCGCCGAGAGUGGGCAAGACUUACUCGAAGGCCACAACUACCUUGUCGGUCUCUAUAAUGGCUUGGCCGAGAACCAUAAUAAAGGCGUUGACGCACACAACGAUCACAUCGCCUUGCACGACAAGCUUGUCGACACAUUCUGGGACCUCAAGAUCAAGUACGAUGACAACAUUACAGCGCACAACGACCUUAAGCACAAGUGCACCAGCCUGGAGAGUUGGUUGAAGUCCUCUGAGGUCAUCGUCAUCGACCAGCACGGUCAGCACCAACGUCUUCAGCCACGAGGACAGCAGCAACCGCGAAACCCUCACCCAUCGCAGCAAGGUUUUCAACAUCAGCAGCAGAACGCCUCUCAUGACCCUGGCUCCCGGCCAUGCAUCACAGGCAACUUAACUUCAGCAGCAACCGGUACCCUCGCUUAUGCAAGGAGGACAUUGGAUUCUUUGACCCUACCGCUGAGGACCCUGAUGCUCUUGGCUUCAACACCGUGUCUGAAAACCGCAUGAUCACGUUUACUGACCCAUAUGGCUUCAGCAAGCGACUUGGUGACCUCAUGGAGAGCGAGUCGGCCGACCAAUGGCAAACUCUUCUCGUUGAGAACUUCUCGAUCCUGCUCCAUGGCACUGCCUACCAAUGGUGGAUGUACGAGCUCAGCUCCAUCGGCCGCAAGGAACUCAAGGCGGCCGGUUUGACAUUCAUGCUGAAGGCACUGACCGAGCGCUUCGUCAUGGGCAAUGUCACCGCCAACAUCAAGCUUGGUAAGCGGCGCAUCACCCUCCGCGAUCUGACCGAUGACGACACAGCCAUGACCACAUUCUUCCAGAAGAGCAUCCAUUAUGCCAACCUCGUCGCCAACGAGGUCAACAACAAGUCAGCCUGGAAACGCAUUUGCACCACCGCGUGGCUCAAAUUGCUCCUGGCCAUCAAGCCAUACAUCCAGCAGCCGGACACCUUCAGGUCGCUUGUCACCUUCAUGGCCCGCGUCUCCACGCAGCGUGUGUUGCUCACCAGCGCAGCCAAGCAGCAUGCACAAGAGCACAGGCAGUCAUACAGCAGCGGUCGGCGCGGCAAGCAAGCGGCCGGGUUCCGUGCCAUCAAUCUCGGCCCGCGGCAUUAAAUGA